CAAUGAGGAGGAGCUUUAUCCUUCUAGCAUCUAUUAGAAGACUUGAUCGAGUCACACUGGACUAUGAUUUAAUUGAGUUUCUUGGAAUUGCAUACGGCAAACAACUGGAAAUGGAGAAAAAAUCCCCGGCACACAUGUAACACGGCUGACCGGCGGCAUCGACAUGCCAAGUUAAUUGUCGACCACAGACUAUGACGCUUCGUUAGCGAUCACAUCAUAGUCUAUGCAUUACCAGUGCCCCAUGACUAGUACAAUCUCCUCUGCGAUGACGUAAUGAUCGCUUUGCGGGUUGUUAGCUCUUGGCGGGGGUUAGAUCGACGACGAAAAAAAUGUUCAUUUCACAUCAUAGCACCGUUUCCAAAGCGAUAUUCUAUGAAUGGGAAACGCAUUCGUGUGCAUAGCUGAUUUGUAAGCAGGGUCUCGCAUUGAUGGUGAGAGAACCUGGGAGUUGCAAUUUUCCGCUCAAGGUCCCGUGCACUUAUACGCCGGCGUAGCGACGUUAUGGCGCGAAGUAUUGGUGCACUUUGUGUGACCGAUUAGCCUUAGUAGUAGAAGCGCGGUCGGUGUUGCAGCGUUGCACCGAGACGUGAGCGUAACAGUGUUGCAUUGUGCGUCACCCAGUAACGAUGGCAGUCAGCGAGGAGAUAGAACUGAAGCGCAUGUCAACUCCGCUUCAAGACUUUGUGCCAUCGACAAUACGGUUCCGAAAUGUAGUUUAUCGUACGAAUGAAAAGGAAAUUCUGAGCAAUGUCUCAGGUCGAUUCCAACAUGGUCGCCUGGUAGCAUUGAUGGGGCCAUCCGGAGCGGGAAAAUCUUCUCUGCUGAACGUACUCUCAGGGGCACAGAUGUUCGGUAUGAUCGGAUCGGUGACCAUCAACGGUGAACCGGUGGAGGAAAAUGAUCCACGUAGUGUGUACGUUGAGCAGGAGUGCCCGUUGUUAAUGUUUCUUACCGUGCAAGAAACGAUGCAGUUUGCGGUAGACAUGAAGAUGCCACAACGAUCGCUGCAGUCGGUGAAGGAAGCAAAAAUUGAUGAUAUCUUGGAAAUGGUAGGUUUGAAUGAUGCCCGCAGCACUGUCGUUAGGAACCUUUCUGGUGGAGAACAGCGUCGGCUAGCAGUGGCAGUUGAAUUGAUUACAAAUCCACCGAUCAUGCUGCUCGACGAACCUACCAGCGGGUUAGACAGUGUAUCUUCGACGCAGGUCAUCUCGCAUUUGAAAUCACUGGCCAUGAGUGGACGGACGAUCGUUUGCACGAUACACCAACCGGCUUCCAGCCUAUUCCAGCUGUUCGAUGAUGUAUACUUACUACGCCAAGGUCGAUGCCUGUAUACGGGUCCAGUGGAGAACAUGUUGGUUAGAUUCGCACGCGUUGGACUUCGCUGUCCGGAAUACUACAAUCCGGCCGAUUUUGCACUGGAAUCCAUAUCCGCAAAUCAACCCGAAGCGCACCGGAUGUUAUGCCAGUUGGUGGACGAGGACAUGCAGGAAAUUAAUGCGGGUGCUCCUUCCAGCCCUACGACGCUCGCUGCACAACUGGCACCUGGGAAACGCAUCGCUCGUUAUCAAACUGCGUGCUACUAUCAACUGUACACACUGCUCAAACGUUCGGUGCUUUCGUCGGCUCGUGAUGAAUUUUUUCUCAAAAUCCGUCUCGGCAUGCAUCUCGCUUUGGGUCUCGUGUUUGGAGCUGUACACUACAACGCUGGUUCAGAGGCAGCAAAAGUGCUCGCAAACGUUGGUUGCUUCUUCCAGCUGUUUGCCUUCGUGUACUUCACCAAUGCCGUAUCAGUAGUAAACUAUGCGGACGAAGUUAAUGUAGCGAUCAAAGAAAUCGCCAAUAAUUGGUACAGCCGCGAAGCGUACUUCUUCGCCAAACUCAUUCACGAUCUUCCACUGCAGUUGUUUUGUCCAUCGUUUUUACUCGCGAUCGUGUACUAUCUCACGGGGCAACCGAUGGAGUGGAUGCGGUUUGGCAUGCUGCUGGGCGUGUUCGCUGUUGGUGGUGUGAUCGGUCAAAGUUUGGGGCUGAUAGGAGGAAUCUGUUUCGAUGUGAAAAUGCAAAACUUCUUCGUAGCGAAUGCGUGUAUCGUGCCGAUUCUGUUUUCCGGGUUUUUUGUAAAUGCCGGUGACAUGAUCUCGAUCCUGAGACCGCUCAGUACAGUGUCGUUCUUUCGGUACCAGUUUCAUGGUGCAAUGCAGGCACUGUACGGGUACGAUCGGGAUAAUAUUCCAUGCGGACAGGUGUACUGUUACUACAAGAAACCGACCACCAUAUUGGAACAGUUCGAUAUUGACGCGCAUGGGUAUGCGAAAUGGGUACGCGAAUAA